ACUACUUAACCGUAGCCUAUUAUCUAGCAAGUAAUGUCUCUGGACAAGCUGUAUACAUUGGCUUACUUUUAAUUGUGUAAUCUGUUUCGCUAGAUCUACUGCAAUAUUUUAAAAAUAAUAAAAUAAAUACUAAAAACAGAAUCACAACACGACUGAGCCUGUAUCACUGUACAGUACGUUUUUGUAGAACUCAGAAUCAAACGAAUAUACCGUUAGCGGCCACCAGAGGUCGUGGUUCUACAUUCCUUUAAAAGUUCAAGGGUGCAGGGGUAGAUAAGCAUCCGUGGUGAUAUUUGUAUAGGACAGAAGGAUGAGUCUGGGCUUAGUGCAGCAGCGAAAUUGAUUGAGGAAUAUCUCAUUAUGAACUUGUUCAUUAAUGAAGGCGUGUCUGUGUUUAUGGUGGUACUGUUGGUGGGAGUCAACGCCGCCCUGUUCACAGUCACGUUCCUCUACUACAGUGGCCAGGAUGCUUUUUCCUACACCCGUGUCAUGCUGGGGUCGGGUCUGGCUUUUGCCCGAGCCUCUGCGAUGUGUGUGAACCUAAACUGCAUGGUCAUAUUGCUGCCAGUGAGCCGCAACCUUGUCUCCCUCCUGCGAGGCUCCUGCGCUUGCAGAUGCAGAGUGUUAAGAAAGCAGCUGGACAAAAGCAUCACUUUUCACCGCGUGGUGGGCUACCUGCUGGUGUUUCACUCCGUCGUCCACGUUAUUGCCCAUCUCUCCAACAUUGAGAGGUACCACGAGAGUCAGUCUACGGAAGCAGGAGAGCUGUUGUUGAAACUCUCAAGCCUGGGAGACGGGCUAAAUGAAAGCUUUUUGAACCCUAUCCGCACCUAUAACACUACGCCUACGAGGGAGGUGCUGGUUAACGUGUCUGGGCUCUCCGGAUUGGUCAUCACACUGGUCCUGGCUCUGAUGGUCACUUCAUCCACUGAGUUCAUCAGACGCUCCUCUUACGAGGUGUUCUGGUUCACCCAUCACUUCUUUGUGGUCUUCCUGCUUGGGUUGGUCAUUCACGGCAUUGGGGGCAUUGUCCGGGGACAGACUGCCGAGAGCCUGUUGAUGCACAACGUCUCCUACUGUCGAGAGCACUUGGAUGAGUGGGGGGAUAUGGACCGGUGCCCCCUGCCGCACUUCCAGGGAAGUGACCCAGCGUCGUGGAAAUGGAUAAUUGCUCCCUCCCUCCUUUACAUCUUUGAAAGAAUCCUGCGUUUCACUCGCUCUUUACAACCAGUGGCCAUUACUAAAGUGCUGACUCACCCAUCAAACGUGGUGGAGCUGCAGAUGACGAAGGUGGGCUUUCGCAUGGAGCCAGGCCAGUACGUGUACCUGCAGUGUUCCGCCAUCGCCCCUCUGGAGUGGCACCCCUUCACCCUGACGUCUGCACCUGAGGAGGAUCACUUCAGCGUGCACGUGCGCGUGGCGGGAGACUGGACGGCUGCCCUGUAUGCCGCCUGCACCGGCCACCAGGGGGACUCGCGGAUCCCUCUGCUACGCUUGGCGGUGGACGGCCCGUUUGGCUCGGCCAGCCGUGACGUAUUUCGGUAUGAGGUCAGCGUGUGCAUCGCGGCGGGUAUCGGAGUGACCCCGUUCGCCUCUGUCCUGAAAUCACUCCGGUACAAGUCUUCAAAUCCCGGGAAAGCCAUGAAACUCCAGAAGCUCUACUUCUUCUGGAUCUGUCGUGACACCACCGCUUUCGAGUGGUUUCGGGACCUCCUGCUCUCCCUGGAGGGUGACACCAUGGGUAUGGGGCGUCUCGUCAGCUUCCACAUCUACCUCACCAGCUGGGACGACGCUCAGGCACGCCACAUCACCCUGCACCGUGACUCCCAGAGGGAUGUGGUCACUGGCUUCAGGGAGAAGACCUUCUUCGGCAGGCCCAACUGGGACCAGGAGUUUCGGAGCAUUGCUGACUCACACCCUGGCAGCAACAUCGGUGUGUUCCUGUGUGGACCCAAAGCCAUUUCCAAGGUCAUCCGCAAAAUGUGCAGCACCCACUCAACUUCAAAACUGCGGGGAGUGCGCUUCCAUUUCAACAAGGAGAGAUUUUGACACACUAAUGAGUUCGUUUCUCAUGAGUCAAGCCCCUUGCAAACCAUGCAGAUGUUGCAACCAGGAAAAUAAAUGCCGUAGAAGUUUAAAUAUGGCGGUGUUUAAGUGUGCCCAAAGUCCAUAUAUGUUUCUUUGACACGUCCUGAUUUGAAUAUUGAUCUGUGAAGGGGGAGAAUGUAAUUUAUUCAUGGUAAGCAUAGAUAACAUCUCAUGGAAACAGGGACAUGGUUAAUGUUACGUAA